UACUGGCUUGACUGGCAAGAAGACGUCACCCUGUGUAAGCCCAGGCCUCCCCCAGUUCGGAGGACAUGGCAUCGGGCAUUGGAUCUCCGUCACCGUGCUCAGGGGGCAGCGAUGAUGAUGAGAUGGAGAUCCUGUUGAACAACGCUAUCCCCCAGCAUCCAGAACCUGAAGAAGAGCCAGAAGAAGAGCUGCUGUCAGAGGCUGACACCCCCAAAAUCAAGAAGAAGAAGAAGCCCAAGAAACUAAAGGAACCCAAAGUGCCCAAGCUCAGCAAGCGUCAGAAGAAGGAGCUGGGGGACAGCUCUGGUGAGGGGAAUGAGUUUGUGGAGGAAGAAGAGGAGGUUCUGCGCUCGGACAGCGAGGGCAGUGACUACACUCCUGGGAAGAAGAAAAAGAAGAAAUUAGGGCCCAAGAAGGAAAAGAAAAACAAAGCCAAACGCAAGGAGGAGGAGGAAGAGGAGGAAGAAGAUGAUGACUCAAAGGAGCCGAAGUCAUCUGCUCAGCUCCUGGAAGAUUGGGGAAUGGAGGAUAUUGAUCAUAUCUUCACAGAGGAGGAUUACCGCACUCUCACCAACUACAAAGCUUUCAGCCAGUUUGUCAGGCCACUUAUUGCAGCCAAGAACCCUAAAAUAGCAGUGUCGAAGAUGAUGAUGGUACUGGGAGCCAAAUGGAGGGAGUUUAGCACAAACAACCCCUUCAAGGGAAGUUCAGGUGCAUCUGUGGCAGCUGCUGCAGCUGCAGCUGUUGCAGUAGUGGAGAGCAUGGUGACGAAUGUGGAUGCUGUCCUGCCACAGCCCCCUGUAGAUGUGCCGCUCCGGAAAGCCAAGACAAAGGAGGGUAAAGGACCCAAUGCCCGGCGGAAGCCAAAGGCGAGUCCUCGUAUUCCUGAUAUCAAGAAACCUAAAACAAAGAAGGUGGCACCUUUGAAAAUCAAACUGGGAGGAUUUGGUUCCAAGCGUAAAAGAUCAUCUAGUGAAGAUGAUGAUCUGGAUGUGGAGUCAGACUUUGAUGAUGCCAGCAUCAACAGCUACUCUGUUUCAGAUGGAUCUACAAGCCGUAGUAGCCGCAGUCGCAAAAAACUCAAAGCUGGGAAAAAGAAAAAGAAAGGUGAGGAGGACUCCACAGUGGCUGUGGAUGGUUAUGAGACUGAUCACCAGGACUACUGUGAGGUGUGCCAGCAGGGAGGAGAAAUUAUACUGUGUGAUACCUGCCCUCGUGCCUACCACAUGGUUUGCCUGGACCCAGACAUGGAGAAAGCCCCAGAGGGCAAAUGGAGCUGCCCACACUGUGAAAAAGAGGGCAUUCAGUGGGAAGCAAAGGAGGAUAACUCUGAAGGUGAGGAAAUCCUGGAGGAUGUUGUGGGGGAUGCUGAGGAAGAGGAUGACCACCAUAUGGAGUUCUGCAGAGUCUGCAAGGACGGAGGAGAGCUGCUGUGCUGUGAUGCCUGUCCUUCAUCCUAUCACAUCCACUGUCUGAAUCCCCCGUUGCCAGAGAUUCCCAAUGGAGAGUGGCUGUGUCCUCGCUGCACUUGCCCAGCUUUGAAAGGAAAGGUGCAGAAGAUCUUGAUCUGGAAAUGGGGUCAGCCCCCGGUUGGCCCCCCUCCCCCACGUCCACCUGAUGCAGACCCUAACGCUCCUCCCCCUAAGCCUCUGGAGGGUCGGCCUGAAAGGCAGUUCUUUGUCAAAUGGCAGGGCAUGUCCUACUGGCACUGCUCUUGGGUGUCAGAGUUGCAGCUGGAGCUGCACUGCCAGGUCAUGUUUCGUAACUACCAACGCAAAAAUGAUAUGGAUGAGCCACCCUCAGGGGACUUUGGAGGGGAAGAGGAGAAAAGCCGAAAGAGAAAAAACAAGGACCCCAAAUAUGCUGAGAUGGAAGAGCGCUUCUAUCGAUACGGGAUCAAGCCUGAGUGGAUGAUGAUCCACAGGAUCCUUAAUCAUAGUGUGGAUAAGAAGGGGAAUGUCCACUAUCUGAUUAAAUGGAGAGACCUACCCUAUGACCAGGCAUCCUGGGAAAGCGAAGAUGUGGAUAUCCAAGAUUAUGACCUCUACAAGCAAGCCUACUGGAAUCACAGGGAGCUGAUGAGAGGUGAAGAGGGCAGACCUGGUAAGAAGUUAAAGAAAGUGAAGAUGCGGAAACUGGAAAGGCCCCCUGAGACUCCCACGGUAGAUCCAACAGUGAAAUAUGACCGGCAACCAGAGUACCUCGAUGUAACAGGGGGGACCUUGCAUCCCUACCAACUGGAAGGACUAAACUGGCUGCGCUUCUCUUGGGCCCAGGGCACAGAUACAAUCUUGGCUGAUGAAAUGGGUCUAGGAAAGACUGUGCAGACAGCUGUGUUCCUAUAUUCCUUAUACAAAGAGGGCCACUCAAAGGGUCCCUUCUUGGUGAGUGCCCCACUGUCCACGAUCAUCAACUGGGAACGAGAAUUUGAGAUGUGGGCCCCAGAUAUGUAUGUAGUGACCUACGUUGGGGACAAAGACAGCCGGGCCAUCAUCCGUGAGAAUGAGUUCACUUUUGAGGAUAAUGCUAUACGUGGAGGCAAAAAAGCAUCCAGAAUGAAGAAGGAGGCUGCUGUGAAGUUCCACGUGCUUCUCACCUCCUAUGAACUGAUCACAAUUGAUAUGGCCAUACUAGGCUCUAUUGACUGGGCCUGUCUCAUUGUGGAUGAAGCUCACAGACUGAAGAACAAUCAGUCUAAGUUCUUCCGUGUGCUGAACGGUUAUUCCCUCCAGCACAAGCUGCUGCUUACAGGAACUCCUCUGCAGAACAACCUAGAAGAACUGUUCCACCUGCUGAACUUCCUAACGCCGGAGAGAUUCCAUAACUUGGAGGGCUUCCUAGAAGAGUUUGCAGAUAUUGCCAAGGAAGACCAGAUCAAGAAGCUGCAUGACAUGCUGGGCCCACACAUGCUGAGGCGUCUCAAAGCUGAUGUUUUCAAGAAUAUGCCAUCUAAGACGGAACUCAUUGUCAGAGUGGAGCUGAGCCCCAUGCAGAAGAAAUAUUAUAAAUACAUUUUGACAAGAAACUUUGAGGCACUGAAUGCACGGGGUGGUGGUAACCAAGUCUCCUUGCUCAAUGUUGUUAUGGAUCUGAAGAAGUGCUGUAACCACCCCUACCUCUUUCCUGUGGCUGCUAUGGAAGCUCCAAAAAUGCCAAAUGGCAUGUAUGAUGGUAGUGCCCUUAUUCGAGCCUCUGGAAAGCUGUUGCUGCUCCAGAAGAUGUUAAAGAACCUUAAGGAAGGAGGUCACAGAGUGCUCAUAUUCUCUCAGAUGACUAAAAUGUUGGACCUUCUAGAAGACUUUUUGGAACACGAAGGGUACAAAUAUGAGCGGAUUGAUGGAGGAAUCACAGGGAACAUGCGACAGGAGGCUAUUGAUCGCUUCAAUGCUCCUGGUGCUCAGCAGUUCUGCUUUCUGCUUUCAACUCGAGCUGGGGGUCUUGGUAUUAACUUGGCCACAGCAGAUACUGUGAUUAUCUAUGAUUCAGACUGGAACCCCCACAAUGAUAUCCAGGCCUUCAGUCGUGCACACAGAAUUGGACAGAACAAGAAAGUGAUGAUAUACCGCUUUGUGACAAGGGCCUCAGUGGAGGAGCGUAUCACUCAGGUGGCCAAGAAGAAAAUGAUGUUAACUCAUCUGGUAGUGAGACCAGGGUUGGGCUCCAAGACAGGCUCCAUGUCCAAACAAGAACUUGAUGACAUUCUCAAAUUUGGCACUGAAGAGCUCUUCAAGGAUGAGGCUACUGAGGGGGGGGAUAACAAAGAAGGUGAGGACAGCAGUGUCAUCCACUAUGAUGACAAAGCAAUUGAGCGUCUGUUGGAUCGGAACCAGGAUGAAACAGAAGAUACAGAACUUCAGGGUAUGAAUGAGUAUCUCAGCUCCUUCAAGGUGGCCCAGUAUGUGGUUCGCGAAGAGGAGAUGGGGGAGGAAGAGGAGGUUGAACGAGAGAUCAUUAAGCAGGAGGAGUCAGUGGACCCUGAUUACUGGGAGAAACUGCUGCGUCACCAUUAUGAACAGCAACAGGAGGAUCUGGCCAGGAAUCUGGGCAAGGGCAAACGUAUUCGCAAGCAAGUCAACUACAACGAUGGCUCGCAGGAGGAUAGAGACUGGCAGGAUGACCAGUCAGAUAAUCAGUCAGACUAUUCAGUUGCUUCUGAAGAAGGAGACGAGGACUUUGAUGAGAGGUCUGAAGCUGCAUUUCUCUCUUCAGCAGCUCGUCGGCCUAGCCGGAAAGGCCUGAGAAAUGAUAAGGAUAAGCCUCUGCCUCCCUUACUUGCCCGUGUGGGAGGGAACAUUGAGGUCUUGGGUUUCAAUGCCCGCCAGCGGAAAGCCUUCCUCAAUGCUAUCAUGCGCUAUGGAAUGCCACCCCAGGAUGCCUUCACCACUCAGUGGCUUGUUCGGGACCUCCGUGGCAAGUCAGAGAAAGAGUUCAAGGCCUAUGUCUCGCUGUUCAUGCGCCAUUUAUGUGAACCUGGAGCUGAUGGUGCAGAGACCUUUGCAGAUGGGGUCCCACGGGAAGGUCUUUCUCGACAGCAUGUCCUUACUCGCAUUGGGGUCAUGUCACUUAUACGCAAAAAGGUGCAGGAAUUUGAGCAUGUGAAUGGCCGUUGGAGUAUGCCAGAACUGGCAGAGAUAGAGGAGAACAAGAAACUUUCACAGCCAAGCUCACCCUCUCCCAAAACUCCAACUCCUUCGACACCAGGGGAUACACAGCCAAAUACACCUGCCCCUGUCCCUCCACCUGAAGAAGGAGUAAAAGUAGAAGAAGGAGCCAGUGCUAAGGAGCAAGGAGAGUCAUCUGAACCAGAGAAGGAGCUCAGUGCCUCUGCUACUGAAACAGAGGUCCCUAUGGAGCAGUGUGCCCAGCCUGUGGAGACACCGCCACAGGAAGCAAAAUCCCCGGUGAACCCCACAGAAGCAGAUGAAAAAAAAGUAGAGGAACAGGAGGUGAAGGAAAGACCAGAUGAGCCAAUGGAAGUAGAAAGCAAAGCUGAUGUGGAGAAAGUGGAAGACAGAGCACCUAUUGAGAAUCCCCCGGAACCUCCUGUAAUCACUCUGGAUGAGAAAGAUGAGAAAAAGGAUGAUGAUAAGAGAGAUGUGGUGAUGCUGCAGAAUGGAGAGAUGCUGAAAGAGUCAGUAGAUGAAAGGCACAAGAAGGCAGUAAAGCAGCGCUUCAUGUUCAACAUAGCAGAUGGUGGUUUCACUGAACUACACUCCCUGUGGCAGAAUGAAGAGCGGGCUGCAACUGUCACAAAGAAGACCUAUGAGAUCUGGCAUCGGCGUCAUGACUACUGGCUCCUUGCUGGGAUUAUCAAUCAUGGCUAUGCCCGUUGGCAGGAUAUUCAGAAUGAUCCACGUUACGCCAUCCUCAAUGAACCCUUCAAGGGUGAGAUGAACAGGGGUAACUUCCUGGAAAUAAAGAAUAAGUUCUUGGCGAGGAGAUUUAAGCUCCUGGAGCAAGCGCUGGUGAUCGAGGAGCAGUUGCGGCGAGCUGCCUAUCUGAACAUGUCAGAAGACCCAACUCAUCCAUCUAUGGCUCUGAACACACGUUUUGCAGAGGUGGAAUGCCUGGCUGAGAGCCACCAGCACCUAUCCAAGGAGUCAAUGGGAGGAGGAGGAGGAGGGCGAGAGCCGGCAGUUAAAGAGCAGGUAUCCCCACAGAAGGAGAAACAUGCCGUAAAGGCAGCAGGACAAACCCCUCGUGGCCGGUCUGGCUUCAGUGAUGGCAAUUCAAAAUGGCUGGCGCUGGCCAAAGCCAAGAAAAUCCCGUCUAAAGGAAACAACGUGGAGUUAUCCAGCGAUGGUGAGGUGGAAGAGGGCAGCUGGGAGAUGGAGGAGGAGAAUGGGAGCAGCGAGGAGAUGGUGGAUGAUUAUGGUGCCUCAUCAUCAGAGGAAGAAGAGUUGCUGCCUAUUGAAAAAGCUGCCCUGAAGCAGAAGUUUGACAGGGGAGGCCUCAGUGAAGAUGACAGUGAAGAGGAGGAGGAGGAGGAGGCAGCAGAGGAGGCAAGCAGGCAGAAAAUGGGACAGAAGGAGGAAGAGAGCCCGGAUCUGCAGCUCAACCUGGAUAUAGACGAACAAUUUAAACUGCCAACGAAUGAACAGAUUGAGAGAGAGGCUGCUGAGCCACCUGACCUGCACAUCAUUCACCAGCGCAUCAAGGGCAACAUGGAGGUGCUGCAGGACUUUGUGGUGAAGCGGGAGGAAGGACGCACGCGACAGGAGUACCUCGCGUUGUUGCGCCGGGACAUGGCUGCCUACUAUUCCUACAGUGACUUCUUGCUCAUGAAGCUCAUGGACAUCUUCCCACUCCCUGAGCUGAUAAACUUCCUGGAAGCCAAUGAGGUUCCCCGCCCUGUGACCAUUCGCACCAACACACUCAAGACGCGGCGACGGGAUCUGGCGCAGGCUCUAAUCAACCGUGGUGUGAAUCUUGACCCCUUGGGGAAGUGGUCGAAAACGGGACUUGUUAUUUAUGACUCCUCUGUGCCCAUCGGUGCCACCCCUGAGUAUCUGGCUGGGCACUACAUGCUGCAAGGAGCCUCCAGUCUCCUCCCUGUCAUGGCUCUGGCUCCACAGGAGAACGAACGCAUCCUGGAUAUGUGCUGUGCCCCAGGAGGCAAGACCAGCUACAUAGCUCAGCUUAUGAAGAACACGGGUAUGAUCUUGGCCAAUGACAGCAAUGCUGAGCGGCUACGUAGCGUGGUAGGGAACUUACAUCGGCUGGGAGUCACCAAUGCUGUAGUGAGUAACUGCGAUGGACGCCAGUUCCCCAAGGUGCUUGGAGGGUUCGACCGUGUCUUGCUUGACGCUCCUUGUAGCGGAACAGGCGUCAUUUCCAAGGAUCCUGCUGUCAAAACCAACAAGGAUGAGAAAGACAUCCUGCGCUGUGCUCACCUGCAGAAGGAGCUGAUUCUUAGCGCUAUAGAUUCAGUCAAUGCUGCCUCAGAGACAGGGGGUUACAUUGUCUACUGCACUUGCUCCAUCAUGGUGGAGGAGAAUGAGUGGGUUGUGGAUUAUGCCCUGAAGAAACGCAACGUUCGUUUGGUGGCCACAGGCCUGGACUUUGGCAAGGAAGGCUUCACCAGGUUCAAGGACCGUCGCUUCCACCCCUCCCUCAAGUCUACGCGGCGUUUCUAUCCCCACACGCAUAACAUGGAUGGGUUCUUCAUUGCCAAGUUCAAGAAAUUCUCUAAUGCCAUCCCCCAGGCACAAAAAGAUGAAGAACCUGCUGUGGAAGCAGCAACUCCGUCCGCUGUCCCUGAUACCGUCAUGGAGCCUCAGCUAAAAAAGAAGAAACUUGAGGGGUCAAAAGUUGACAAAGAGCAGAAGCCGCCACAGCCUGCUUUGAAGAAGAGACAUUCAUUGCAGGCACAGAGGAGACCCUUGAAGGCUGGCCAGCCUUCUCCCAAAAUGAUGCGUCCUCAAGUCCCUACCAGGAAGAAGCAUAGAGUGAAACCGACUGGACGGUGAGAGGAACUGCUUUUCCAGGUGUUGGUCCCCUCCUUGGAGAGCAAAGGCUGGGGGCUGCUGCAGCUAUGCGUGUACCACCUUGUCUUUCCUGCUCUGUGCAGAUAAUCUCUGCAGCACUGAGCGCUUGGGACAGCUAUAGCCCCAUUUGCUCCUUUCCCUCUGCAUCAAGGACUGAUGCACUGACCCAUUAAAAGUUUUAUACUCUUGCUCAA